CAAGAACUUUUGGAAAGUGAUGAUUUCUUUGAUUCUUUUAGAAUUUUCGCCUUCUGGAAUUCCUUUUCAUUUAGGAAUUUAUGAGACAUUCUAUCAAUACGAGAUUGGGGGUUUGAUCCUCGCAAUUGUUGCUCAUGGCUUCAUUAUUAGUAUCAUUGAAGAGAAGAGUGAUGAUGCAUUCCUAUUUAGGACUUUUCUCAGAAAAGAACAUCUUAUUUCUGAAGAGCAUGAAUUUAUGCACCUAACUUGGUACAUAUUUAGACUGGGGAAGUAGCGUGGUUACCCUCUUAAGAAAUUAGAAAACUAACACGAUAUCUUCUGUAAUGCCUUUUGGGAAUUGACAGCGUUUUUUAUUUAGUUUUCGCCUUGGUCGUUUCAAAGCCAUAUUUUAUAGUCGAACACUGUUCUUCCAAAUUCGACCGUUUUGAUUGUUGUUUCCAAACUCUUUUUAGUCAAAAAGGUGUCGAGUAUAUGUAACUUUUGGACGUUUAUUCGCUUUGAAGCUUCCUGACUUGAAAAUUAAAACGUUUCGAGGCAAAGAUUGACUGGAGGCAAGCGGUUGACUAACCUGAAGAACUGUAUCGACAAGGAGGAACACUUCCCUAAAGGUAGGUACGAGUCACCAAACUCAACUGAGACUUGAAAGUGAAACAUUCCGUGUCAUAUUUGCCCGAUACAUGGCAGAAGUAGGUUGAUCGGAUGCAGUCGUUACUCUGCACUCCCAUAAUACUAUUGUUAAUAAAUGAUAGAAUGCGAUCAAUAGAUAUGAAGGGUAUCUGAAAAGCCUAGUUGUUUCAUGUUUGUCUCUGUAGUAUUUGCCAGUAGAAAUAAUAGAAGUCUCUAUUUAUUGAAAACAAAAGCAUGAACCUAACAUGUUUUUUGCUUGAGUAUUAUGGAUACUCUCUAUAGAAACUGCAUUCUGCGUUGUGCUGCUUCCGUUUACAUACAACAACACGAG